CCCAAAUAUACACAAAUCCAUAGGAGUUUAGUAUUUUUAUUGCCAUGCGCAAAAUAAUGCGCAAAAGGGUGAAUUGAGCGCGAAAUCCAACAUGGACGUCGGCGAGCUUUUGUCCUUUCAGCCAGAAAAACCUGCGCUGGGUACUCUGAAACGUAAAAAUGAGGAUGAAGAUCGAGGAAGAGCGAAGUCGAGAAAAAAACAGCCUGUGAUAACCAACCAAUCAACGCCAAGAAUUUCAGAAGAUGAGCGAGAAAAAAUUCUGAAGAUGGUCGAAGAGGAACCAGAGGCCCCUCCCAUGGAUGAGACAACUUUGAAGAAGAUAAUUCUACAGUUUGAGAAGAAAGCCUACAAGAACCAGGAGAUGAGAAUAAAGUUCCCAGAUCUUCCUGAAAAGUUUAUGGAGUCGGAACUCGAGAUGAAUGACAUGAUUCAUGAGAUGCAUGUAAUAGCCACCGCCCCAGACUUGUACUACAUCUUAGUAGAAAUGAAUGCUAUCCAGUCACUACUACAGCUACUUUCACAUGAAAAUACAGAUAUAAGCAUAGCAGUGGUAGAUCUUCUCCAGGAACUCACAGACGUCGACACAUUAAAUGAAAGUGAGGAGGGUGCCGAAGCUUUAGUUGAUGCCCUGCUUGAAGGACAAAUUGUUGCAGUAUUAGUUCAAAAUCUGGAAAGGUUAGAUGAAUCAAAUAAAGAAGAAUCUGAGGGUGUACACAAUACAUUAGGAAUUAUAGAAAAUAUCACAGAGUUCAGACCAGAGGUGUGUCCUGAUGCCGCUAAGCAAGGACUGAUGCAAUGGUUAUUAAAAAGAUUAAAGGCAAAAAUUCCAUUUGAAGGCAAUAAGUUAUACUGCAGUGAGAUUUUAGCUAUUCUUUUACAGAAUCAUGAUGAAAAUCAGGAACUUUUAGGAGAGAUGGAUGGCAUUGAUGUUUUACUUCAGCAGCUAGCGGUUUACAAAAGGCAUGACCCAAGCAGUGGAGAGGAGGGAGAGUACAUGGAAAACCUUUUCAACAGUCUGUGUGCGGCGCUCAUGCUGCCCUCCAAUAGGGACAGGUUUCUCAAAGGUGAAGGACUGCAGCUGAUGAACCUCAUGUUAAGAGAGAAGAAAAUGUCCAGAAACAGUGCCAUUAAGGUCCUAGAUCAUGCUAUGACGGGGCAGGAAGGGGGGGACAACUGCCAAAAAUUUAUAGAUAUUCUAGGACUGCGGAGUAUUUUCCCAGUUUUCAUGAAGACUCCAAAGGCAAACAAGAGAGGCCCGGGACCUGAGGAAUUAGAAGAACACAUCUGUUCCAUAAUUGGUUCCUUACUGAAGAACUGCACCGGAACCCAGCGCCAGAGGCUACUCAACAAAUUUACAGAAAAUGACCAUGAAAAAGUUGAUAGGUUAAUGGAACUCCACUUUAAGUACCUGGAAAAAGUGCGACAAGUGGACCUGCAGAUUGAGAAAGAGAAAAAUGAUCUGAAGUUCUUUGGUGGUGAUAUUGAUGAUGAUAUGGAGGAUCAGUUUUACCUGAGACGUUUAGAUGCUGGACUCUUUACACUGCAACUGGUUGAUUUUAUCAUGCUGGAAAUAUGUGUUACUGGAGUGCCAUCUGUAAAGCAGCGUGUCAUGCAGAUAUUGAACUUACGAGGAGGAUCAGUGAAGACCAUUAAAAGUGUUAUGAGGGAGUAUGCAGGAAACAUUGGGGAUGCAAAGAAUCCUGAAGCCAAAGAAGCAGAGCAGUCCAAAAUUCUCGAUCUGGUCAGCAAAUUUUGAAGGGAAGAAAACAACAUGUAAAGAGGAUAUGUGAAUUUCAACAUAAGUGAAGGGGAUUAUAUAUGUGAAAGGUAAUGUCGUUGAUGACAAAGAAUAUAACAGUACAGGCAUGACUGUCUUGCAUUGAUUGGUAUUGUCAAGAACAAGGUAAAUUCCAAAUGUUAGGAAAGGAUAGCAAAAUCACAGUAUGCUGGAAAUAAAUUGCGUCUAAUAAUAGUGUCAGUGAGCCAGCAUAGGGAUGGGAAUGGCUCCUAUGGUUAGAAAGUGUAGUCCAUGGUGUACUGUGUCCAGAUGACAAAGCCUGACAGGUAGUGGAUCAAUAGAGACAGCCCCUCCUACUGCAGUUAACUUAGCCUGUGGUAUGGCCUUCACUGAGAAUUUCCUGUCAGAUCCUGAACAUUUCAUUUUCAGUCUUGAUAGGUUCUGAGCUGUUAUGCCACAUAUCAAGGACGAAAAGGCUGAAUACAUUAUACUCUAAUGUAUACUAUCCAUUAUACUAUAGAAUACUUAUUGAACUUUUCUAUUGGAUUUUUUGGACAGGGAGGGAGAAAGAUAUCAGACUUGAGCAUUGCAUGAUGUGCUUCUCAUAAUUAUGGGCGGAGAUACUGAAUUACGUAACCAUUAAUUUUUAAUGAAAAA